AUGACUCUUCCCCCUCCGAUGGUCGAUCGAGAAGAUUUCACAAGUGCUAGCACCUCUCGUCUGGUCACAGUACGAUCUUUCGGGUCUGCUCAGGUCACGCCGAGCCCUUGGUUUACAUACUUCCAAGAAGGCGGUGGCUUAGGGUCAAUCGCGAGAGUAUGCUUUUCCGGCAGCAAGGGGGUAAUCAGAUGCCCCGCCCUGCGCAAUGACGCUGAUACCGCCAUACUGGAGUACUUCCAGGAGGAGGAGAUCCCAGUCUCUGAGGUGCGACGGAUUUUGUCCAAGAAGAACAACAAGUUGGUUCCAACAGACACGUUUGUACUGACCAUUGCUACCCCAUCACUACCUUCGGCCGUAGUGAUUGGUUACCAAAGGUGCAGUGUCUCCGUCUACAUCCCUAAUCCAUUAAGAUGCCGUAACUGCCAGAAGUACGGACAUCAUGAAAAAAGAUGUAGGCGGAAGACCGUUUGCCAGUACUGUGGUCGUGAAGGUCAUGAGGACCAAAGCGACUGUGAUAUUGCCAACCUGCGUUGUGUUAAUUGUGAGGGAAAGCAUGCUGCUUCGUCUCGAGACUGUCUUGCCUGGAAUCGCGAGAGAGAGAUAUUGCGGGUCAAAUAUACCCGAAAUGUCUCCUUUCCUGAGGCUAGAAGGAUAGUGGAGAGCACGGACGUGGCUGCUCCCUCAUAUGCACAAGUGACGAAAGUCCGGUCGCCGGUUGACAAUGUCGCAGUCAAGGAUGCUUCGGUUCAAGUUGGCCCAUCUAGGGCACAUGUGCGUUCGCAGCGAUCUCGCUCACUCACAUCUGUUCCUCGAUCCCAAAUGAGGCCACAGGCAACAUCACCAACCUACAGACCUAGAAGAAGAAAAAAUAGCGAGGGCAAAUCUGAUGGACCCGAUCUGAAUGUCACCUUUGGCAAAGGAUCAGAGGACCCGACAAACCGGUUCAAUGUCCUACUAGGUUUCGAUGAUGAGAUGGAGACGAAUGCCUCAGCGCUUCGUGCUUCGACUCCAUCGAAAUCCAGGCAAAAUAGCGAAAAAUAA